CCAAGAAUAUCCUCUCUCCCCACACUGUACUAAAGCCGAAAGAAGUUGACAGACGGACCACUGAUAUACCCAUUGCUUCUGCGUAGAUACCUCUAAAACCACUUUCCCAAAUCCAAAUAAAAACCCUUAUUUCUCUCUCUCAGUCGCUCUCAAAUCCGGGGUUUAUACCUUUACUUUUACACCCCUCAAUUUCAUUCACUGUAUUCAAUUCAAGAUCCCUUCUCUGAUAAUAUCAUUAUGCCUACAAGAUCUUCCGCUGUUGUCUUUCAUGGCGUCCGUACUUUGAAAAUUUGGUAGGGGGCUGGUGAAGUUGGUUUACUUUUCUGUUCAAACCCUUUAAUUAAAGAUGCUGCUACUACAAAGUUUGGGUACUAAAAUUUUCAGCUGGAAACUAAUUCAUAGCCAUGAAGAUCUGUUUCUUAGUUUUUUGAUUACUUCUUCUGAGGCCUAAAGUUUGGAUCUUUUAGCAAAUAUCCCAGUACUUCUUAUCUUGUUUCAAGAUCCAAAGGUUGGUUGGUUGGUGUUAGCUUUACUGUUUUGGUUGUAUUAAGGGAAAGGAAAAAGAAGCUUGGAAAUUUCUAAGGAAUAAUGGAGAAGUAUUAGUAGGAGUUUAAGGAAAAAUACAAGGAGACUUCGUUUUUUUUUGGUAAUGGUGAAAGAUAAGUGAGUAUAUUUUUAGUUUAUUGGAAGCUCUGAAAUCGAAAGAUACAACAAGUUGUCUAGUGCUUGACGCCAAGGAAAUAUAGUGCCGUUUCAGUUUGGUAAUUGGUUUUUCUUGCAUUUCGAGAACUAUUCUCUCUUUUAGUAUUACCAAGAAAAGGUCAUUUCCAACUCCAUUUCACAGACAUUCUCAUUUUGUUCAGAGCUCCAAACAAAGAAAAGAAAAGACAAGAAUAAUGCUAAAAGUCUCAAGUGCUUGAAGCAAAGUGCUGUGCUUGUUUUUUGAGAAGUAAAAUUUUGAAGGGCAUAUUUGUAAAUCAAGCAAUGGCUUCCUGCAAGGAUGGUAAGACGUCGUCAGUAAUGGAUAAUGGAAAAUAUGUCCGGUAUACACCUGAGCAGGUUGAAGCACUUGAGAGGCUUUAUCAUGAUUGCCCUAAACCUAGUUCCAUGCGCCGUCAGCAACUUAUCCGUGAAUGUCCUAUUCUCUCCCAUAUUGAACCUAAACAAAUCAAAGUCUGGUUCCAGAAUCGAAGAUGCAGAGAGAAACAGAGGAAAGAGGCGUCACGGCUUCAAGCUGUGAAUAGGAAGCUGACGGCAAUGAACAAGCUAUUAAUGGAAGAGAAUGACAGAUUGCAGAAGCAAGUUUCACAACUGGUUUAUGAAAAUGGUUACUUUCGCAGGCAAACUCACAGUACAACGCUUGCAACAAAAGAUACGAGUUGUGAAUCAGUGGUGACGAGUGGUCAACACCACUUGACAUCUCAGCAUCCGCCAAGGGAUGCUAGUCCUGCAGGGCUUUUGUCCAUUGCAGAAGAAACUUUAGCAGAGUUUCUUUCAAAGGCUACUGGAACUGCUGUUGAGUGGGUCCAAAUGCCUGGAAUGAAGCCUGGUCCGGAUUCCAUUGGAAUCAUUGCUAUUUCUCAUGGUUGCACGGGCGUGGCAGCACGAGCCUGUGGCCUGGUUGGUCUAGAGCCAACGAGGGUUGCUGAAAUCCUUAAGGAUCGCCCCUCUUGGUUUCGCGACUGCCGGGCCGUUGAUGUUCUCAAUGUGCUGCCUACUGCCAAUGGUGGAACCAUUGAACUUCUUUACAUGCAGCUUUAUGCACCAACGACGCUGGCACCUGCCCGUGACUUCUGGCUGUUGCGGUAUACAACUGUUAUGGAUGAUGGCAGUCUCGUGGUGUGUGAAAGGUCACUUGGAAAUACUCAAAAUGGUCCUAGUAUGCCACCAGUUCAGAAUUUUGUGAGAGCAGAAAUCCUACCUAGUGGAUACCUGAUUAGACCUUGUGAGGGAGGUGGUUCAAUUAUCCACAUUGUCGAUCAUAUGAAUUUAGAGGCAUGGAGUGUGCCGGAAGUGUUGCGCCCACUUUAUGAGUCAUCAGCAGUGCUAGCUCAGAAGACGACAGUGGCAGCUCUACGAUACCUCAGACAGAUUGCACAAGAGGUUUCACAGACUAAUGUCAGUAACUGGGGAAGACGACCAGCAGCUCUACGCGCAUUAAGCCAGAGGUUGAGCAGAGGCUUCAAUGAGGCUCUGAAUGGUUUGACUGAUGAGGGUUGGUCAAUGCUCGGUAGUGACGGAAUGGAUGAUAUUACCAUCCUUGUGAACUCUUCUCCUGACAAAUUGAUGGGCCUAAACCUUUCUUUUGCAAAUGGAUUUUCAUCUUUGAGCAAUGCGGUUAUGUGUGCAAAAGCGUCAAUGCUUCUACAGAAUGUGCCUCCUGCUAUACUUCUGAGGUUUCUGCGGGAGCAUCGAUCUGAAUGGGCAGACAACAAUAUUGAUGCUUACUCUGCUGCUGCCAUCAAAGUUGGUCCCUGUUGCCUUCCUGGGACUCGAGUUGGUAACUUUGGGGGUCAAGUGAUACUUCCACUGGCACAUACUGUUGAGCAUGAAGAGUUGCUGGAAGUCAUUAAGUUGGAAGGAGUUGGCCAUUCUCCUGAGGAUGCUAUAAUGCCAAGAGAUAUGUUUCUGUUGCAACUAUGCAGUGGAAUGGAUGAAAACGCUGUUGGAACCUCUGCCGAACUCAUAUUUGCUCCUAUUGAUGCCUCGUUUGCUGAUGAUGCACCAUUGCUCCCGUCUGGGUUUCGCAUUAUUUCUCUCGAAUCUGGAAAGGAAUCCUCCAGUCCGAACCGCACCCUUGAUCUUACUUCUGCUCUUGAGACUGGCCCAGCUGAAAACAAAGUGGGCAAUGACCUUCACACAAAUGGUGGCACAUCAAGAUCUGUCAUGACAAUUGCUUUUCAAUUUGCAUUUGAAAGCCACAUGCAAGAGAAUGUUGCUUCAAUGGCUCGACAGUAUGUUCGAAGCAUUAUCUCAUCUGUUCAGAGGGUUGCAUUAGCACUUUCACCGUCUCACUUGGGUUCCCAUGGAGGUCUUCGUCUGCCAUUGGGUACUCCUGAAGCACAUACAUUAGCUCGUUGGAUCUUCCAAAGUUACAGGUGCUUUUUGGGUGUGGAACUUCUGAAAUCGAUUGCUGAAGGAAGUGAAUCAAUCCUCAAAAGCCUAUGGCAUCACUCGGAUGCUAUUAUCUGCUGCUCUGCUAAGGCUAUGCCAGUUUUCACGUUUGCAAAUCAGGCUGGUCUUGACAUGCUUGAGACAACAUUGGUUGCACUUCAAGAUAUUACCUUGGAGAAAGUUUUCGAUGAUCACGGAAAGAAGAACCUCUGCACUGAGUUCCCACAGAUAAUGCAACAGGGUUUUGCAUGUCUUCAAGGGGGCAUUUGCUUGUCGAGCAUGAGUAGACCUAUUUCUUACGAGAGAGCAGUGGCGUGGAAAGUUAUGAAUGAAGAAGAUAGUCCUCACUGCAUCUGUUUCAUGUUUGUGAACUGGUCGUUUGUCUAAGAUACUUUUGUCUAGAUCUGCUUUUGAGGGAUCAAUAAACUCAAACCUAAGAACCCUUAAAUAUCUCCCUAAGAACCAUUUUGAACUAGUUUGGUUUGUGAGACUUGUUUAUUAUGCUUUCCUUGCUACUCGGGAAGUUUAUGCUA